AUGCACACGACGCCUAGGCGAUUGUCGUUGCCCACAAGCUUGGUUAUAAAAGGCGAGCUAUCCAGUCCGAUGGUAUAUGUGGUGGAGGAAGGACGACUGCAGCGCACAGACACUGUGGAACAACUUUGGCGGGCCAUCAACUUCUUUGUGGGGAAAGCGCUUCGGCGGUGCUUGAUUCUGUUCGCGUUCUCUGCCAACGCUUCUCGUGGUCAAAAUAUUAUUGCUCAACGGCUUGGCUCCCCUUCUAUGGCUCACCUGACGUCAUCAUGGUGGAUUCUGGCGCUUCUGGUGCUUCUCCCGGCGCUCGCCACGUCAGCUAUCGCUGCGGAAGCUUCUGGCGAAGCUGCUACGGAGCCCAAUCCGGAUCCCGCUCCCAUCACUCCUCCCUUUUCGGGGAAUGAGUUCGUUGUGCCCCAGUCCUUCCUCUACCCCAUGUUCGGCCCUCCUCACCCCGACGGUCCCGGCGGUCCCGGUGGUCCUUGGGGCCCUGGCGGUCCUGGCGGUCCCGGCGGUCCCUGGGGCCCUGGUGGUCCUGGCGGUCCCGACGGUCCCGGUGGUCCUUGGGGCCCCGACGGUCCUGAUGGUCCCGGUGGUCCUUUGGGCCCUGGCGGUCCUGGCGGUCCCGGUGGCGGUCCUGGCGGCCCUGACGGUCCUCCUCGUGCCUCCUUCGCCGGCCCAUUCUUCCGUCCCGACAGGCUUGACGGGUCCGACAGGCCCUCCCGUCCCGACCACCCCGAUAGGCCAGUCCGACCCGACUGGCCGCAGGGCUCCCCGCGCGAUCCUUUCGCCUCCGCCGACGACGGCUCAGACGGACCCCGUCGGGGCGGACCCUUCGGUUUCUUUGAUCCCCACCACCCCCCGUUCGGUCCGCAUCCCCAUCCGCGCCCUCCCUUCGGCCCGCAUCCCCCCGUCGGUCCGCACCCGGACUCGCAUCCACACCGUCAUCCGCCGUUUCCGCCGCCUCCCCCUCCGCCGGGCGCGAUUCAGCUGACGUUUGAGCUGCUGGCGGCUGUGGGGCGCGCGAUUCGCGUGCUGUACGGCCCGGGCGCAGAGGCGACGGGGGACGAACAUACCUGCGGAGAGUGCGUCACGUGGGCGACCGAGGCGCUUCUGAAUGCCCUUUCCAAGGACAUUAACUCCACCAUUUGCGCUGAAGACGCUCCUGCAGCAGCAACAGACCCUCCUCACCGCCACUUUUGUCGCCUCUUCGCCAACCUCACCACAGCAUCAGCCAUUGGCAUUUUCGACCAGAUCCACAUCAACCCGCUCUCCAUGGCUGUCUCGGUCUGCGCCAAGUUUGGGCCCUGCAUGCCCAAGCCUCACCCUGCAUCCGACCCAAAUCCCGAGCCUGCUGCUGAACCUGAGGGCCUGAUCGAGGAGGACGCCGUUUCCGAGCCUGGUGCCGAGGCUGAUACUGUUGAGGUUCGCGUCGCAACGCCCUCGCGCCGACUCCUGGGCCACGACCAUGCACGGAUGGAUAUGGACAUGGGAGGCAUGCACAUCGCCAUGAACAGCAUCGGCAUGCUGGUGUCAUCAUCCGUUCCGGAACCUUCUGAGGAUGCUUCCGCCGGUGCAUCCACUGGCGCUACCACUGGUGCAACCACUCAAGGAGGAAACGGAGGGGAAGCGGAAGGAAAGGAAGGAGAGGAAGGAGGCGAAGAAACCUGCGACACGUGCAUCAUCGAGGGGUUCCAUCUGAUCGAACAGUCAGUCCGCGCGCGGAUCAAGUGGAUAUGCAGCCACGCAGAGGACGAGCACUCUCCCCCGCACAUCAGGGCUCUCUGCAAGUUCAUCCACCAGUACCCCUACCUCGCUAUGGUCAUCUCCGUUAUCCACAUCAAGCCGUGGGAGAAGGUCGUUCCGGCAUGCUUCCACAUGGGCGCGUGCAGACCUCCCCACCCUCCCCCUCAUCCUCCGCAUCCUCCCCAUGGGCCCUGCCCUUCUGGGGAAGACUGUCCCCCUCCUCCCCAUAGGCCUUGCCCUCCUGGGGAAGACUGCCCUCCUCCCCCUUGCCCGCCAGGGGAAGACUGCCCCCCUCCGCCUCCCCAUAGGCCUUGCCCUCCUGGGGAAGACUGCCCUCCUCCCCCUUGCCCGCCAGGGGAAGACUGCCCCCCUCCGCCUCCCCAUAGGCCUUGCCCUCCUGGGGAAGACUGCCCUCCUCCCCCUUGCCCGCCAGGGGAAGACUGCCCCCCUCCGCCUCCCCAUAGGCCCUGCCCCCCUGGGGAAGAUUGCCCCCCUCCUCGCCCCUGCCCCCCUGGGCAGGAUUGUCCCCCUCCGCCCUUUCCCCCUCCCCCCUGCGCUCAUACUCCCCUCCCCAACAACGCUGUCCCCCUUCCUAUCCUCCCCACUAUAGACCUUAAUAUCUUCCACCCCCCUCCGCCCUUCCCCCCUCCCUUCGCCCCUCCCUUCGCUCCUCCCUUCUCCCCUCCCUUCCGCCCUCCUUUCCCUCCUCACCCCUCGGGCCCUCCCCCCCCAUGCUCCCUCUUUGGUUUCCUCCGUGCUGCGGGAAGCUUCCUUGCCCGCUUCCUCGGUUUCCCUCCCCCCCCUCCCCCGCCUCCACCGCCCUGCCCGGGGAACGAACCUGGGGGGCUUUUUGCUAAGUAUUUCUUAGCUGAGAGCCAUAUGGUGGGGGAAGUUGCGGCAGGAGAGAGUGGGAAGGGGAGUUGGGAAGAUGCUGUGGAGGGUGUUGGGGCGGUUCAAGAUGGGGAUGGUUUGAAAGGAGUUGAUGCUGAAAAUGCUGGUGUUGGGAGCGUCGGGGUUGUCGUGAAUGUGGGUGGUUUUGAAAGUGCUGAAGCAGAGGCUGAUUUUGGAGCAGAGGCUGAUUUUGUAGCAGAGGCUGGUGGUUCCGAAACUGAGAGCGUUGAGCGAUGGGCUGUCACGGCAACCGUCGACAACCAAGUGCGCCGUCGAGGUGGCGCAUGGCCAGAGCUGGAGCAGGCCAUGGUGCGGUGGAUCGCAAACGCAGGGCCCGCUGGCGUGCCCCUUACGCUGCAGACCAUCCGCGACCAUGUCGCGGCCAUGGCGUGGAACAUGGGCAUUCCGCCCACAUUCCGCUACUCCAUCAGCUGGGUGCGCCGUGCUUUGCGGCGCCAGGGGGUGAGGUGCCGUGCAGCACAAGGCGAGGCGGCUAGCGCCGACAUGGCCGCCGUGCGCGACGCACGGGAGAAGCUCCCGCAACUCCUCACUCAUCUCGGUCUCAGCCCGCGGGACACCUUCAACCUUGACGAGACCGCGCUCUGGCUGUCCGUGCUCCCUCGGCGCACGUACAGCAACGGCCGCAUACCAUGCCGCAAAGUUUCGAAGGAGCGGCUGAUCGUCACAUUCCUCGUCAAUGCGGACGGGAGCCACGCAUUCCGAUCGCUCGUGAUCAGCAAGGCGAAGCGCCCCCACGACUUCCGCUCGGAUUAUGACCCCGAGGCCCUCUGCUACUGGCGGCAUAACGCGAAAGGCUGGAUGACGAAUAUGCCUGUGCUAACUAUGUUUCCUCUGCACGAUGCCUUCACCUCCCUUCCCCGCCCACAGUUAUUCACGCAUUUCAUAUCGCAGCUCAAUGCUGCUAUGUACGCCGAAAAUCGGCACAUCGUCGUGCUACUCGACAACACUAGCAGCCACAUGCUCAGGAGCGAGCACGCAUGGAGCGAGAUCGUAUGCGGCAUGCGGACGACGUGCAUGAGCAACGUGCGGCUCGUCUUCCUGCCGCCGAACACCACCGCAUUCACUCAGCCACUCGAUCAGGGCAUCAUCGCCACCGCCAAGGCCCGCUAA